UUAAAAAAAUAAAAAAUAAAAAAUCUGCUCCUGCGAGUAUGCGACUCUGUGAAUCAGUCAUUCAACUCCAACUCCCAAUUUCCUUUAUCAAGAUUCACGCUCCAUUCAACCAUUCAUCUCCCCUAAAUUACUCCUCCUUUCCAAUAUUAUUCCAAAUUCCCAAUUUCAAUAAUCUUAUUUUCAUUCCUUCCAUUUUCUAAUCAAGAAAAAAUAUUCAGAUUGGGGGUUUUCUUUCUCCAAUUUAUUAUUGCAAUUUGCCUAUUCCAAUUUUUGAUUGAUAAUUUAGAUCCUCUAUUUGCUUAGAAUUGGAAAGGAGUGAGAUUUAGGGAUUUAUUGAAGAUGAAGAACAAGAACGGUAGAGGUUAAGUUUAGGGAAAGAUGAUGAUGAGAAUAAACAAGAAGAAGAAUAGUAGUUUCAGAGUAGAAGGUAGCUUGUUCGAAAUUGAUAGUAAGUACGAACCAAUUGAUAGUAUUGGUAAGGGAAGUUACGGCAUUGUUUGUUCUUGUCGCAACACGGAUACUAACGAGAAGGUCGCUAUCAAGAAGAUAUCGGACGUGUUUUCGAGUCAAGUCGAUGCAUUGAGGACACUGAGGGAACUUAUUAUACUAAGGAACAUUCGUCAUCAUAAUGUUGUUCAAUUGAAAGAUGUUAUGAUCACUUGUUCUAAGUCUACUUUUAAGGAAGUUUAUGCCGUUUACGAAUUUAUGGAUAGCGAUCUUCAUCAAAUUAUUCAGUCUCCUCAGCCACUUUCUCCUGAACACUGCCAGUAUUUUAUGUUUCAGUUGCUGGAAGGGGUCAAGUAUCUUCAUUUGACCAACAUCAUUCACCGUGAUCUGAAACCAGCAAACCUCCUUAUUAACGCAAACUGCAACAUGAAAAUAUGUGAUUUUGGUCUAGCAAGAACAAGUGGAGGUGAUGGUGGUGAAUUUAUGACAGAGUAUGUAGUAACACGUUGGUAUCGUGCACCUGAACUACUCAUCUGCAGAAACAGUUAUGACACAUCUAUUGAUGUUUGGUCAGUUGGUUGUAUCUUUGCUGAAAUACUAUUACGAAGACCCUUAUUUCCUGGUCAUAAUCCCCUCGACCAACUCAAACGUGUCAUUGACUUCCUUGGAAGCCCUACUGAAUCUGAUCUUGAUUUCCUCGACAACCCAAAAGCAAUCAACUUCAUCAAAGGACUUCCUCGUACAAAAGGGGUCUGUUGGAAGGCUAUGUUUCCUGAAGCUGAUUCUUUAGCCUUAGAUUUGCUGCAAAGAAUGCUUGUUUUCAACCCCAAGAAGAGGAUUACUAUCGCUGAUGCCCUUCAACAUCCUUAUAUGUUUGAUUUGUACAACCCUACAGAAUAUCCACCUUCUCAUAAGACACUUGAUGUCAAUAUUGAUGCAUACGUAGGGGAGACAAAUCUUAGAGAUAUGCUUUGGAGUGAGAUGUUAUUUUAUAAAUAACUCUUCCAAUUCUUUCUGAAUUAAUUAACAGCGCGCUUCUGUAUUUGUUAAUUAUCUGUGACCAAGAAUGUGGCUUCAGAUAAAAGGAUGUAUAUUCACUCCCACGAGUUACAUUAGAUGCAAACACUUUGCAGCAGAGUAUUGUUAAUCAUUGCACAUUAAUAAUUUUAGCUAGAUUACUGCAUUCAAAACUGUAUUUAUUCCUGUCCUUAGAUUCAUAUGUAAGCACAUAUUAAUCAAAAAGGCCUUGCAUGGUAGCUUU